AUGACGGUGUUCCAUGGGUCUCGUGGUAAAAGCUGGACAGUUAUUCUCUCCAGCGGAGAGAGAAGCCUGCUGCAUGUUAUUCGGGGCCUGUUCAGAGGCGAAUACCUUGGCGAUAGCACCUCAAUACCUCCGGCCGAGCCGCCCACCAUCUACCGGGACGUGCGAAUCCGACCGAAUGUAGAGGUUUACUUCCGGCUAUCGCACUUCGCACUCGAAGAGCGUCUACUUAAGGUGCUCAAGCGCCUGAAUGAUGACGAGGACAUUCGACGCACAAGGGCGAUGAAGAGUCAGGCAGCUCGAAUUAUGUUGAAUGGACCUAUGAGAAGAGCCCAAGACUAUAUUACGGCGAGCCCCCAGCAGAUGCAAUCGGCUUCUACGUUGGCCAUCGCGGCACAGCAACAUCCUUCAACUCGGAAGGAAAAUACUGCGGCCCGUUCUUCAUCAUAUAUGCAGGCAAAACUGGCGACCCGCUAA